AUGCAAAUUAAUAUAUUAGGCUAUAUAGAGGAUUUACACAGAAUUGGGAAAAAUACCAACAACCACCGGCCCCUAGUUAUAGAGCUAUUAAGCAAAAGGAUUGCAAAAUUUAUUACAGCUAAUAGACAGUGUUUACAAGGAACUAGGAUAUACAUCUCCGAAUUCCUGGACGACAUCGCCCUAAAAAAACGACAUCUGCUGCGGGCAGAAAUGAUAAAAGCCAGAAACAGGGGUCAAAAUGCAAUAAUUAAGAAUAAUCAACUACUUAUAGAAGGAAAUAAAGUCACCAUAGAAGACGAGGAGAAUAAUACACACAACAACUAUCAAACAACUGAAAUAACAGAAAGCCCAAGCAAGAGUGGUACCCUUGAGAUCUCACACGAUAUAACCCUAAGCCAGCAAGUACAACAACGGAAUAACUCAAAAAAGUAUUCCUUUCGAAAAAGCACCCGUCCCACACUAUAA